AAGGAAUCCCAUCCCACCAGUCAGAGCUGCCCAGCUGGAUCCGAAUUCGCUCCCACGUCGAAUCAAAUAAAGCUCAACCAUCAGUUUUUCCUUCAUCUGAGAAAACAAAAGAGAAUAACAAAAUAAAAUUCAAAAUAAGAAAAUCAGAAGUCUGCUGGCACUAAUAUUCACAACCUUUGAGAGUCAAAAUCGGCAGCUUGGACAAGGACUGGUGGGUGGGGUUGAAUCCGUAGGAUGGCUUCAAAAAGAAUCUUGAAAGAGCUGAAGGAUCUCCAGAAAGAUCCUCCUACGUCUUGUAGCGCCGGUCCUGUUGCUGAGGACAUGUUUCACUGGCAAGCUACAAUAAUGGGCCCUCCUGAUAGUCCUUAUGCUGGGGGAGUAUUUUUGGUCACUAUUCACUUUCCUCCUGAUUAUCCAUUCAAGCCUCCCAAGGUAUGUCCAUGCUUCUGAUAGUUUUAGGAGCUG